CCGGGCCCAGCCCCGCCGCCGGCGUGUCGCCCAUGAAACCGGCCAAUCGCUCCCACAGCUCCAGCAAGACACCGUCCAGAACACCCGGUAAAUCUGGAUCCAAAAUCCAGAGCACCCCAACAAAGGCCGGGGGGGAUCGCUACAUUCCCAACCGCAGCACUAUGCAGAUGGAGAUGGCCAAUUUCCUCCUAAGCAAAGAGAAUGACCCUGCUGAGGAGUCCCCUACCAAGAAGGAGCAACAGAAAGCCUGGGCAGUGAAUCUGAAUGGCUUUGAUAUAGAAGAGGCAAAGAUUCUCCGCCUAAGUGGAAAGCCACAGAAUGCUCCAGAAGGCUAUCAGAAUAACCUGAAAGUGCUCUACAGUCAGAAAAUGACACCUGGAUCCAGCAGGAAGAAUGGCAGAUACAUUCCCUCAAUGCCAGACCGGAUCCUGGACGCACCAGAGAUCCGCAAUGACUAUUACCUGAAUCUCAUUGAUUGGAGCUCUCAGAACUUCCUGGCAGUGGCUCUGGACAACUCUGUCUAUCUGUGGAAUCACACUUCUGGGGACAUUAUCCAGCUGUUGCAGAUGGAGCAUCCAGAUGAUUAUGUUUCCUCUGUGUCAUGGAUUAAAGAAGGAAACUACCUUGCUGUUGGCACAAGUAAUGCUGAGGUCCAGCUAUGGGACAUACAGCAGCAGAAACGUCUCCGAAAUAUGACCAGCCAUUCUUCCCGUGUGGGGUCCCUCAGUUGGAACAGCUACAUCCUCUCCAGUGGGGCACGGACUGGCCACAUCCACCACCAUGAUGUCAGAGUGGCUGAGCAUCAUGUGGCCACACUUGCUGGCCACACGCAGGAGGUGUGUGGACUCAAGUGGUCUCUAGAUGGCCGCUACCUGGCCAGUGGUGGCAAUGACAACCUGGUGAACAUCUGGCCAUGUACCCAGGGAGACAGUGGAGACUUUGCUCCCAUACAGACCUUCACUCAGCACCAGGGUGCUGUCAAGGCUGUGGCGUGGUGUCCAUGGCAGUCAAAUGUUUUAGCUACUGGAGGUGGGACUAGCGACAGACACAUCCGCAUCUGGAAUGUGUGUUCUGGCACCUGCCUCAGUGCUGUUGAUGCCCAUUCCCAGGUCUGUUCUAUCCUGUGGUCAACAAACUACAAGGAGUUCAUUUCAGGCCAUGGCUUUGCACAGAAUCAGCUGGUUAUAUGGAAGUAUCCAACGAUGGCCAAGGUCACUGAGCUGCGAGGUCACACUGCCAGAGUCUUGAACCUGACUAUGAGCCCUGAUGGUGCAACAGUGGCCUCGGCAGCUGCUGAUGAAACGCUGCGGCUCUGGCGCUGUUUUGAGAUGGACCCCAUAAAGAAGAAGGAGAAAGAGAAGGCAAACAGUGCCAAAAGCAGCAUCAUUCACCAGGGCAUCCGAUGAGUGCACAGGGCUGUGUGGGGAGGGGGUAAAUUUGGCUUACACACUGUUAUGUAUUUUAAAUGUUAAUAAACUGCUUUAAUUUGACUUUUUUU